GUGAGCGCUCCUCUGGCAGCGGCCGGACUCGUGUGCGGGAAUGUGCCGGACGCGCUGCGAAAAGCGGGACUCGACCAGCACUCUCCUGGAUCGCAGUACCCCAGCGGCUCCAAACUAGGGCUCUGGCUCGGAGAGUGCGGGACGUGGAUAAUACACACACCCUGAUUUAUUUAAUUUUUUGUUUUUGCGCUUUCUAAGGAAGUGAUACAGAAGGCAAGAUCUCAGGAUAUUAUACACGGCGUGUGUUUACAGCCCACAGCGGAAAAAUUUGUAACGGCGGUGGGCGGCGGGGGGCGGGGCUGCAAACAUGGCGGAAUCACAUCGCCAGGGCAGCCUGCAGAGGAAGAAGCCGCCAUGGCUCAAGCUGGACAUCCCUCUGACUCAGGUGUCGCUGGACGAGCCCCCCACCCAUGCCCAGCCGGUGAGGCGUCACGGUUACCUCCGCAGCUUCAGCAUGCCGGUGGAGAACACACAUCUCCGCUCUUCGGUGGCUGACCCCCUGUCCCAGAGACGCCCUGCCUUCCAGCGACAGACCUCCAUCACACAGACCAUCCGGAGCAGAAGGGUUCACUUUGAGCGGAUCAGCACCGUGCCUGUGAAAGGGCAGCGUGCUGCGCGGCGAGCCUCCCGGACGGGGCGCUCUCUGUCCAAGAUCUUCCUCAGGGGCACAGCAGACUGGUUUGGCAUCAGUAAGGAUGGGGACGCCACGCAGCGCUGGCACCGCAAGAGCCUGCGUCACUGCAGCAUGCGCUACGGGCGACUGAAGGCGCAGGCCCUGCGCGGCAUGGAGCUGUCGAGCCAAGACAGCGUUUCGCUGGCUAGUGCUGAGACGCCGCCGCCGCUCUACCUGCCAGGGCCACAGCACGGCAUGCAGAAGAUUGUGGACCCCCUGGCGCGGGGGCGUGCCUUCCGCAUGGUGGAGGACGGGGAGGGAUUGAGUGCCCCUCAGACACCCAUGACGCCAGGAGGCACCUCCGUCUGCUCCGCCACCAGCUCCCGCUCGGGUCUUAACCGCCUACCGCGGAGACGCAAGAGGGAGUCUGUGGCCAAGAUGAGCUUUCGGGCUGCGGCGGCGCUUGUCAAGGGCCGCCCCCUGCGGGAGGGUACCUCCUUUCGACUACAGAGGCGGAGCUUCUCCCCUGCUGGUUUCCUGGACGAUGAGAACUUGGACCUUCCAGAAGACCUGGACACCUCCUUCUUUGGCCAUGAGGAGGCGCUGGCCUUUAUGCCUCAAGACGGCCUCCCUCAGGAGGAGCUGUCUACGUACAUGGAAGAGGCGUUCGAGGCAGUCACAGACCUGGAGUCGGACGGGCUGGCGGAGGGGGGGGAUGCGACGGGCGGGGUCCUGGAUCGAGGCGAGCUGGAGAGGAGCCGCUUGAUGCUGCCCAUGGAGCGAGGCUGGCGCAAGGUGAAGGAGGGAGUCGUCACGCAGCCCAAAGUGCGCCUCCAGCAGGAGGUGGUGAGCGUCAGCGGCCAGAGACGGGGCCAGCGCAUCGCCUCCCCCGUUAAGAAGCUGUUUGCCCGCGAGAAGCGGUCUUACGGCCUAGGCAUGGUGGGCAGGCUUACCAACCGCACCUACCGCAGCCACAUCGACAGCUACGUCAAGCGGCAGAUCGAGGACAUGGACGAUCACAGACCCUUCUUCACAUACUGGAUCACGUUUGUGCACCUGCUGAUCACCAUCCUGGCUGUGUGCAUCUACGGCUUUGCACCAGUGGGCUUCGCUCAGCACGAGACCGUGGAUUCCGUCCUUAGAAAUAAAGGUGUCUAUGAGAAUGUCAAGUUUGUCCAGCAGGAGAACUUCUGGAUUGGGCCAAGUUCGGAGGCGCUCAUCCACCUGGGAGCCAAGUUCUCCCCAUGCAUGCGACAGGAUCGGCAGGUGCAUGAGUUGAUCCAGCAGAAGCGGGCUAAAGAGCGCAACUCGGCAUGCUGCGUACGCAAUGACCGCUCUGGCUGUGUCCAGACGUCUCGGGAGGAGUGCUCUGCCACCCUGGCGGAAUGGGUGAAGUGGCCUGAUCGCGCUGGUUCUGUGUGCCAUCAGGACCCCAGGACCUGUCUGGAGCCGGCCUCAGUGUCCCCGCACAAGUGGCUCAAUGACAUCACCAAGUGGCCUAUCUGUACCAAGUCUGACACGGGUAACCAUACCAACCUCCCGCACAUCGACUGUGAGAUCACAGGGCGGCCUUGCUGCAUUGGAACUAAAGGGAGGUGUGAGAUCACCUCACGGGAGUACUGUGACUUCAUGAGGGGUUACUUUCACGAAGAGGCCACCCUGUGCUCACAGGUACACUGCAUGGACGACGUCUGCGGCCUGCUCCCUUUCCUGAACCCAGAGGUGCCGGAUCAGUUCUACCGGCUGUGGCUCUCGCUGUUCCUCCAUGCCGGGAUCCUGCACUGCCUGGUGUCCAUGGGCUUCCAGAUGACUAUCCUGAGGGACCUGGAGAAGCUGGCAGGCUGGUUACGCAUCUCCAUCAUCUACAUCCUGAGCGGCAUCACAGGAAACCUAGCCAGCGCCAUCUUCCUGCCCUACCGGGCCGAGGUGGGUCCCGCGGGCUCGCAGUUCGGCCUCCUGGCCUGCCUCUUCGUGGAGCUCUUCCAGAGCUGGCCCAUCCUGGCACAGCCGUGGCAGGCCUUCGGCAAGCUGCUCUGCGUCGUCAUCAUCCUCUUCACCUUCGGCCUCCUGCCCUGGAUCGACAACUUCGCCCACAUCUCGGGCUUCAUCUCCGGCUUCUUCCUCUCCUUCGCCUUCCUGCCCUACAUCAGCUUCGGCCGCCUCGACAUGUACCGCAAGCGCUGCCAGAUCAUCGCCGCCCUGCUGGUCUUCGUGGGGCUGCUGGCCUCCCUGCUGGUGCUCUUCUACGUCUACCCCAUCACCUGCGGCUGGUGCGAGCUGCUCACCUGCAUCCCGUUCACGGAUAAGUUCUGCGAGAAGUACGACCUCAACGCACAUCUCCACUGAGGAGGUGGGCAGCCUGUUUCCAAGAAGCUCCUCCCCUUCACUCGCCCGCCACAAAACUGUGAGAAUCGGCAUCGAGUUUACAGACCCGGUCCAAAAGGUGCUACUCUAAAGGCCCGGGACCGUCUGCAGCUUCCUCUCAGCUGGACCUUGCUGCUGAGUUGCUCCGAACUGAGUUGAGACUGUAGCCUCAGGCUAUAUGUGCUUGUUUGUUUGUUUAUUUUAAAUUUGUACAGUUUUUAAGCACUUCACAAGCCCCCUCCUAUUUGUACUCUCUCUUCCCCCUCCCCAAAACGCUCACGGACACGCAAGACGUACAGGCGAAGCCCCCCAACCCGCCUCUGGUGCCUUGUUUGAUGUACCGACCGCUGUGCCGGCUGUGGGGAAACCACUGAACGGUCGCACGUCGACCUUCUGUUCAUUUAUUGCUUCUGAAGCAGUUACAGGUGACAGGAAGGGUAGUGUUUUAACUACCGGAGAAUACAGCUGGAAAAAAAAAAUCAUUUUUGACUGCUGCCUUUGUUUUUUUGUGUAUGUGUACAAUCAAAUGCGUUUUAAAUCA